GCCAGCCUGCAGAGCCCUUCCGGAGGCGGAUUAUCCUCAUCUCCACACGCAGUCCUAAUGCAAUCAGGAAGGGCUCGCUACAACUCACCUCCAGGAAAGCACGUUUUGGAAGCAAACCGCAAGUUACGACCUGGAAGCUCGUUAUCAGGAGGAGCUGGCCGAGCGGAGAGAUGGAUGUUUGCGUCUCACAUUGUCUUUAUUGUGUAAAUAGCAAAACCCGACACUGAAUAAUCCGAUCGUGUAUAAUGUGACAGCUGCUGUCGCACUUCAUCCAGUUUGGAGAAACUACUGAAAGAACAGCCCGCUUCUGCAUCGUCUUAUUCCAGCACGAUGGCGACGUACAAUCUGGCUUUAACUUUUAUUAUCGCGGUUCUUUGGCGGGUCAGUGGCGAACCACAAACUCUUGCUUCACCCGCGACGCAGUUAAAUUCAACAUCAUCAUCAUCAUCAUCAUCAUCCAUCAUCAGCGAAGAUGAGCUGACACGCAACGUGACAGAUGCCGCCGUGGGAUCCCGGAUCUCAUCUCUAAUGACGCAUCUCCCAACUCUGAAAAACAUUGUUAUUUUCAUCUGCGUGUUAACAGCUGCUCUCAUCACAUGCCUGGUCGUCAAAGUGGUCAGGUCUGGGAGACGAAUCAGGAAAACACGGAAAUAUGACAUUAUAACGACACCGGCGGAGCGUGUGGAGAUGGCCCCUCUCAAUGAGGAGAACGACGAUGAGGAUGACUCAACCCUCUUUGACGUCAAAUACAGGUGAAUCCCGGCACGGACAUCAAUAAUUGAUCGCUCCCGUUUUGCCCGAGACAACUCAAGUGAUUUUCUGUAUGGUUGUGUUGCCAAGUCUGACUGAAUCAGCAACUUCAUACGCUGCCUGUGCAUGGCUUUUAUCUGUGUUUAAAGGACUGGCGCCGCAUAGAUAUCAUUGUUUGCUGCUUUAGUGACGCUUCCACCAUGUGGCCCAAAUAGGCUGCCCAGUUCUUUCCUAUAUUAAAUCAGGAUGCUUCAUGUUGUGACCGCUCCUCUGAAGUCACUCAGUAACCAGGCUGUUAGUGACUCGGAGUUCAGUCGUUCACAACAACUUGUUUUGUUAACGUUUUCUGACAGGUUUUUUUUUUCGUUUACAUUUGAUUUUUACGCUUGAGCUGCAGUUUGCGGGGCUGAGGAGGUUAUACUAAGAACCACUUUCUGCUUUGAAGCGAUGGGCUGCUCAUAUUAAAAUGCAGGAUUAAUCACUCUUCAGUUAAUGCAUAAAAUGUUAACAUGAAACAGAUAAUGUGCAGAAAAUCUUUUAUUCAAAUGUAAAAUUUGCACACUCUGAAGAAUCUAAUGAUAUACAGUAAUGAUAUUUUAAGUAAACUUUCAUACCAAAUAUAUUUCUAUCUACUUACCAUUUUAUCAUGCGUAUAUACUGAAGGCUUUCUGUCCUUAUGUACGGAAUAAGCGUGUAUUUUCUUUUUACAUUUUUUUUUAACAAUGUGCUGUUUUAGACAUUCCUAUUUUGCUGCUAUCUCAGCUGAAGUUUUAAGUUUUUAAAAAUUUGAUUGAAAGCUGUGAGGUCUUUAUGGGAUAAAUCCAUUAGCUAUGAAUGUGAACGCUGUGAUCUGUUGUGAUCAGGUGUGUUCGGUCAUGUGACGAUUGCAUUUAAUCAAGUAACUUGCUGGAAAAACAGGUUGACAGAUAGCAGCAGUGUUGUUACAGUACUGAACAUGUCAACAUCGCCAUACCACUGUGUCUAGUUGCUCAAUUAAAAAAGACCCUCAAAGUGUGCUAUCUCUUGUUUGAGACAGCAUGUGAGCAGCUUAUUCGGUGUUUUGUCCAUUAAUAGCUCACUGACUCUUGUAAUGUCUAACUUGAAAAGGGCUGUUUUUCCCCCUGAAGAGUCGCUCCUCUGUGCCACACAGAUUCUGCUCUCUCUUCAAAUUGGUUGUAAUAUUUUGGAAGAAUUGAGGAAUUUUUCAUAAACCAGUUAAAUCAUGUAAGCCGCUCUCAUCUAAUCUGAUUUUCCCCGGGCCCUCAGUGUGUUAAAUGUAUUAUUGUAGAUGCAGUAGUAGUAGCAGCUUGCAGAGGUACAGCCCAGUACAAACUGCCAGCUGCUCGACCAAACUGUAACUCAGUAUGUCUCCUUGAGUGAAGGCAACACUGGCUGUGACUGAGUUUAACAUGGAGGUUUUACCUGAUACUCCCAAAGUCCUCAAAUGAUUUGACCCAUCAGAGAGCCAUUAAACUACUAUUAAAACAAUGGAAACCGGUUUGUUAGAUUUGCUGUAAUUCAAAUAUAUUUCACAGAAAUUAACCAAAAGUCUGAUUUAGAGUAAAUGAAAUGAAGCUCUUCCUUGCACUCUAAAUGUAAUUAAACUAACAACAAUGCAGAGGAGAUUUAGAUUAGGUUUCCGCAGCAGAUGUGACUGUGGGUGACCUUCUGUUUUAAUCCAAACUGCUAUUUGAUAGUGCGGCGUGGCCUACAGGUGCAGCCGAUUCCAAAUGACCUCCAUCCCUCGCCGUCGGAAGAAAAGAAAAGAAACAUCAGCGGGACAUCUCGUACGACCCACUGGACAUUUUCUUUCCAGGAGAAAGAAUGUUGGGUGUUUUCCUUUGUUAUUGACAGAAGACUGGAUGUGUUUUUUGUCACUGAUAUACAAGCCGUACGCAGUAUGUGUGAGGUUUUUGAAUCAUACAUUGAAUCACAUGUGAAUCUUUCAACCACACUUUUUGAUGUAAUGCUCUUCAUCAGACCGUACGACCACUGUUCACGUCAGUAUUGUGUCAUGUUGGAUUUUAGUCUUUCACUGUACGUGCAGGAAACUGCACAUCCAGCUUUGUGCCUCUGCAGUUUGUCUCAGGCGAGUAUGUCAGCCUGGCACCGUUAUCCUCUUCCAUCUUGGCAACGUCUUUUAUUUUAUCUCUCGCUGCGAAAGUGUGGAAAAAGCCUGCUCACGUAAAGACGCUAAUUGUGGACUUUUAUUAGAACUGAAUCGUCAGCUGCAGAAAGUUCCUCUUGUAAAAUGAAUCAAAGUCAUCGUGGUAGCUAUUUGAAGACUAGUUAAUCACCCCAAUCCCACAAUUAAGCCAAAAAAAGAAGUUCAAUGUUCCGACUGUUUGAGGAGUUUAUUGAAAACAAGUCCCUGCUUGUUUUUUUUUUUUGACACAGAGAUGUUAGAGUGUGUGUACCCACGGCUGCUUCCUCACUUUCCAUUUGUCUGAAAACACUACUGAAAUAAAACAGCUUCCUUUGAAGUGUU